AUGGAGUCAUCCUCUCGCAGCGGCGACGCUGAUCAGGCCCUCGCCCGUCUGGGCUACAAGGCCGAACUCCCUCGAAACCUCAGCAUGCUCAGUGUUCUGGGCCUCUCCUUUGCCAUCAUGGCCGUCCCCUUUGGCCUCUCGACAACAAUGUACAUCACCCUGACCAACGGCCAGGCCGUCACCGUCCUUUGGGGCUGGGUCCUCGUUUCUCUCAUCUCGCUCUGCAUCGCCGCCUCUCUCGCAGAAAUCUGCGCUGUCUUCCCUACCGCUGGAGGUGUCUACUACUGGAGCGCAAUGCUCAGCACGCCUCGAUACGCGCCCAUCGUGAGCUUCGUCGAUGGCUGGCUCACUCUGGUGGGUAACUGGACAGUUACCCUGUCGAUCAAUUUCUCGGGCGCACAGCUCAUUCUUAGCGCCAUCACCAUCUUCAACGAGGACUUUGUCGCCAACGCGUGGCAGACUGUCUUGUGCUUCUGGGCUGUCAUGCUUGUUUGCGCUCUCGUCAAUGCUUUCGGCUCCCGUUACCUGGAUCUUAUCAACAAAGUCUGCAUUUACUGGACUGGCGCCAGUGUCAUCAUCAUUAUCGUUACCAUACUCGUCAUGGCUCCCGAGCGACGAUCCGCUGAGUUUGUCUUUACGCACUACGAUGCCUCGGCAAGUGGCUGGCCUGCUGCAUGGUCCUUUUUUGUCGGACUACUGCAAGGCGCAUAUGUUCUCACUGGAUAUGGCAUGGUCGCUUCCAUGUGUGAAGAAGUCCAGAACCCCGAACGUGAAGUCCCCAAGGCCAUCGUCCUCUCCGUCGCUGCCGCUGGUGUAACCGGAAUCAUCUACCUCAUCCCUAUUCUCUUCGUUCUUCCCGACGUCAAGAUGCUUCUGGGGGUCGCCAACUCUCAACCCAUUGGUACCUUGUUCAAGGUCGUCACCGGUUCCGCUGCCGGUGGCUUUGGUCUCCUCUUCCUGAUCCUCGGCAUCCUCAUGUUUGCAGGCAUUGGUGCUCUCACCGCCGCGUCGCGCUGCACCUACGCUUUCGCCAGAGAUGGAGCUAUCCCCGGUUACAAGCUUUGGAGCAAGGUCAACACGCGUCUUGACAUGCCCGUCAAUGCUCUCAUCCUUUCCACCAUCGUCGAUUGUAUUCUUGGCUGUAUCUACUUCGGUUCCACCGCCGCCUUCAACUCCUUCACUGGUGUCGCCACCAUCUGUCUCGCCUCCUCCUACGGCGUUCCUGUCGGCGUCAACCUUCUCCGAGGUCGCAAGAUUGUUAAGCACUCCCCCUUCCCUCUGGGCAAGUUUGGACCUCUCAUCAAUGGUAUUUGCGUUGUGUGGAUCGUGUUCUCUAUUGUUAUCUUCUGCAUGCCUGUUUCUCUACCUGUGGAUGCAGUAACCAUGAACUACGCCUCUGUCGUCUUUGCUGGAUUCGCUGCCAUUGCUAUCAUUUGGUAUCUUGCUUAUGCUCGCAAGAACUUUACCGGACCCCCCGUGCAUGACGAAAAUGGCUUUGUGCCAGGUGUGGAGGUCCUCAAAGGUCAAGAAGGUAGUUCGCCUGUACACAAGGAUACAAGCGAUAAAGUAGAAAAGGAUUCUAAUUAG